AUGUCGGAGACGAUGCUGGCAGAACAAACCCAGAAGUGGUUCCCCACCCACGUGCAGGUCACGGUCCUGCAGGCCAGAGGCUUAAAGCCCAAGGGCAAAGGGGGCACAAAUGAUACCUACACAAUCAUACAACUGGGAAAGGAGAAGUACUCCACCUCGGUGGCAGAGAAGACCCUGGACCCUGUGUGGAAAGAAGAGGCCUCCUUUGAAUUACCUGGCUUGCUGAUGGAAGGAAAUUCAGAGAAAUACAUUCUCUGCUUGAUAGUCAUGCACAGGUCUCUUGUGGGUCUUGAUAAAUUUUUGGGACAAGUGGCAAUAAAUCUGAAUGAUAUCUUUGAAGACAAGCUAAGAAGAAAAACAGAGUGGUUUAGCCUAGAAUCUAAGCAAGGAAAAAGAACUAAAGACAGAGGAGACAUAAAGGUCAAUAUACAGUUUAUGAGGAACCACAUGACAGCAAGUAUGUUUGACCUGUCAAUGAAGGACAAAACUAAAUCUCCUUUUGCUAAACUAAAGGACAAAAUGAAGGGACGCAAGACUGAUGGGACACUUUUGGAUACGUCUUCUGCAAUCAUUCCAAGCACUCACACUCCAGAAACAAAUGCUGUAACUUCCCUUAGCGAUAUACAGUUAAAAUCAAAACCAAAAAAGCCUUUCCUUUUGGGACCUCAGCGACUGUCAUCAGCCCAUUCAAUGUCUGAUUUAACUGGACCUCAAGUGUCUUCAGAAAAAAUUAAAUCUGGCGCAGUUGGCAAUCCGUACCUUUUCAGACGUCAGCUAGAGUCUGUUGGUUCCGUGGAUGAAAGUGGAAAUCUAAAAUCUCCACACAGACGGACAUUAAGUGAAGACACAACUAAAGUGAAUCGGCUUGACAGCGCAGCAGAUGACAGCGAGUCUUCUUUUGGGGUGCAGAAUGACCCUUUUACAAAUGUGAGCGCCUCCUUGCCUCAGAAGUUUGCAACGCUGCCGAGACAGAAGAACCCCUUUGAAGAGAACCCUGUCUCGUGGGACCAAAACGCAGGCCUGUUUUCAAAAACUCACGGAAUAAAAAAGGACAUUAAGAAAGAGAAAAAGGAGAAGGUGAGUCUUUUUGAAAGAGUCACCGGGAAAAAAGACAGUAAGCGGUCUGAAAGACUUAGCAAUGGAGGAUCAGAUGCCUCCACUGACUUGAAAUCGCCCAGUGCAUUUGGUGAAAAUCAUCAAGGCAGCUUUGAUUUUGAUCCGACUAAUCCCUUUACGAGCAGCUUCAAGCCGACAAAUGUGCUGUCAUCUUCUAGUGUUAAUGUGAAUUCUCCAAAAACUGAAGACCUCAGGAAAGCCGCGGAUGGAAAUCCUUUUGAUGUUGCUGUGGGGUAUCGUAAUCUGACAUAUGAAGAGGUGUUACAAGAAUUAGUGAAACAUAAAGAACAACUUAAGAAGAAGGACACCCAUAUUCGUGAACUUGAGGACUACAUUGACAAUCUUCUUGUACGAGUAAUGGAAGAAACUCCCAGUAUUCUCCGAGUGCCAUAUGAGCCUUCUCGACGAGCUGGCAAAUUUUCCAAAAGCUGAGGCUCUACCUACCACUCCAUGGUAUUUCUUUAGAGAGUAAUGGGAUAGACAGCUUAUUGAUACCUUACUUUCCAUUAUCCCCUCAUUUCUUCCUGAUAGAUAGGUUGACUCCAAAUAUCAACAGGUUUUGUCCACACCUGUACAUGAACUCCAUAACAUUACAAAAAUAAAGUUCUAUUUGCCAUAAAAUAUUCCUUUUACAUUAAAUAUUUACAUGAAGGUAGUUUUUACAUCAUAGCUAACUUAUAUACCACUGUACACAUAGGAAGGAUCCCAUACACUUGAAUAUUUACUUUGCACCUGAGUCAAUCUCUUUGAUACAGCAUGCUGUCAAUGUGGAUGCGCACAAGCAGGUUGUAGUUUGCAGUUCUAAACAUGAAGGAAAAUGUGAUAAUGUGAGGUUUUAUUGUUAACAUUUUAUUUAUUAUUAAUAGCCACCAAAGCACGCUUACUAAAGAGGAAGCUGCAUACCAUGUUUUUGCCACAUGGAUUGGUUUU